CUACGGGCGAAUUCACAGACCAUGACUACAUUACAUCUGAUCUGAUGAUAAGUGUGUGAAGUCAUAGAAUCUCUUAGAAAAGCCCGCGAUCAAGUUAGAAGACGUGGUUUUCACAAGUUGUUUUCACGAAGGGGUUACCAUGAAGCUGACCUACAUUCUUCUCUUGAUUGCCGUUGUUGGCGUGGCUAUCGAAGCCAAAUCUGUCAAGAAAUCCAAGGCUCAUCACAAGAAAAAGCGACAUGAGACAUUAGCUGAUAAUUAUAAACUGAACAGAAUUAAGGACUCGGACUGUAAGGACGUCGCUGAUGACUGCAAGGCUUUUGGCAAACUGGAGAAGGAUGAUGAGAACAGCUGCUUCAACAACCCCGACAAAGCGCGUAACGAGUGCCCCGUCAGCUGCAAGCUCUGCGUCAGCAAGCGCUCUAAGAAACAGAGUGACUAUAUGGGCGGAUACGAUCUUCAGCCCCAGCAGUGUAGCCAACAGUCAUGUUACGAAACCCCUCAAUGGUCCGUACAGAACUGUGCUGUCACUUGCCAGCUUUGCCAGCCAGGUGUCUCAAGCGGCCCAGUCGAUCAGGAUGUCCGUUGCCCUUUCUGGGGUCAGUAUGGAUACUGCAGCCAGCAACAGCAGCAGCAACAGACCGACGGUUACAUCUCGAACAACUGUCCUUUCAGCUGCAACACCUACGGUUCAGCUCAGCCCGCUCAGCAGCCCUACCCAUACCCUAUCGAAGCUCUGUCCCCCUACCAGCCAAAUGCCAUGCCAACCCCACCUCAAGGUGUGACCCCAGCCCCCCUCCCCCCUUACUUCCAGCAACAGGGCUAUGGAUACCCACAACAGCCUCAGCCAACUCAGCCCGUACAACCAGGCCAGACCCAGGCUCCUACCGCAGCCCAGAGCACCCUGGCACCAGUACAGACUACUCCUGCAUCAGGCACGACUACCACCGAGGCAGCCGAGGAAACCACCACUGAAGCAGCCGCUGAGGGUGCUGAGACCACUGCUGCACCAGCUGCUACCCAGGCCCCAGCUGCCGCCGGACAGGAGGGUCAGCAGCCCGCUGCUGGGGGACAGGAACCACAGGAAGCCCAAGAACAGGAGGGACAACAACCAGGAACCGAGCCUGCUCAGAGUGACAAGUCCAACAAAAAGAAGCACAAGAAAGACAAGGCUCAGAAGAAGAGCAAGUCUCACAAGAAGCAACACUAAGGAAUCACGCGAUAUUCCAUCUUUUUGGAUGACAUUGGGCUGAAGUGAGAUGGCUAGUGUUGUCGUUAAUGUGUUACGAGAUGUGUUUCCAGGUUGAAUAAGAAUGAACAGGAAAGACACCAUUGUCAUAAUAUCAGACACGUCGUAUAUUGAGGCAUGGAAAGGAUUUUGUUACCAUUGACUGUUAUCGCAGUGUCAUCUUUGGCAGUGUCGUCUUUGCUUUCAUUUACAUCAAUGGAAAUAUACAAUGAACAUAUUUACGUAGACUGUAAAAUUGUAAAUAUGCUAUGCAUUAGAGUCAACUACUGUGGUAUAAAAUUGUUAAAGCAAAA